AUGACUCGAAGUUCUCUCUGCCAUUAUGAACAUGGCGUUCAACGAAGCAUGUCGCUUGACCCGUGGGACAAUACAUCACAAUAUGCACCAACGCCUGGCUAUGCCCCAACACCUGGCUAUGCCCCAACACCUGGCUAUGCCCCAACACCUGGUAACCCCUCUUGGUCACCCACCUCCCCGUCCGACUUAGGCAGCAUCAACGUCGAUCCCAUUUCCCCUAUCGAUUAUGCCUCCCCACAACAAACUGCUUCGCAAAAGAAUAGUCUUCCGUUACUCCAGUUCGGUGAUUGGGAGGAAGGUCGAACAUAUGACGAGGAUCCACCGACUUGUAUCCACUACUUGAUCGAGUGGAAGGUCACUCUCAAUAACAGGACGGUGGCGAAAGACACAGAGCAAAAUCUGGUUCUAGCUCCUCGAUUUCACUGGAGGCUCUUUUUGCAACCAAAGCUAAAGGAGCUACUUGUACGAAAGUAUCCUCGUCGAACACUUGAAUCGGAUGACACUUCUGUUGUCGUAUCCGCCACUCGGCAGAAAGGCCUCACUCUGAGGUUUGAUGGAACCGACAUUGAUUGGGCCUCUAUAGAAAAACAACUUUUGGAUUGGGGAGACCUUUUUCUUGCUGGCAAGAAACUGAGACUGGUUGUCUCAUUCAAUUACAUUGAGAACACUCCGAACUCAAACGCAAGUGGCAGGACCACUGAUAAACGAGGCCCGUCGUCUGCUACCCAGCGGAUGCUUCAAGAACGAGACCGGCAGACCUAUGCUGAGGAAGUAGCCUUAGGAGAGCCGCCUGCCCGGAAAGAGGUAUAUGCUUUAAUGCGUUGUCCCGGGUCCUGUGAACUAGGCCCGCACUGCUGGCAGGAUCCUUAUGGAAAGAAGCAUUAUAAGCUCUACCGAGAUCAGCUGGAGAGUCUGGUUAAGUGUGUGCAGAGCGGCGGGAUUUUACAGUCGCAUGAAGAUGUGCCUGGUAUGAUUCGCGAGCAAAUCUAUAGAGCAGAGAGACAACGGCUCGAUAGACCGCGAGCCAAUAAUCGAUCCACCGCGGAGACAAGCUGCCCUCCCAUUGAUAUCACAAAUGUGCUUCCAACACAAGCUUUACAAGCACCCGGGCUGUCAUCCUCUUCACACCCAGAGACUGCUAGUUCUUCAGCCGACUUUCCGGCUAUUCAUAUUUCUGGACUUCUCGAUGUUGCUGUGAGAGAAUACAGCAACUGGCAACAGUCACGUUUGGGCGAUGAGGCUUUGAAAUCCGAGGUCAGAAAGGCGUGCGACGUAGCCCUAGAGGAUGGACUAAACUUGGCGCAGAUUGAUGAAGACAAAGAUCCUAAUUAUUUCAAGGCGCGUGGUGUCAAGUGGGUAUUGCUCGGCGUUUUGUCAAGGACAUUAGGUACUGUACUGGGUGGAGGUAACAAUCACAGACGCGUGGAGACUGGGAGCAUUCCACAAAGAUUUUUCUGA